GAGGCCCCUAUUAUUGCUGGAUGAAUUUCUGAUGAGUUUCUCUUUCUCUGGAGAAUUUGGAAGAAAAGAAUGAAAGGGAAGUUAGUGAAAACAGUGCAAGAAAAACACAAACACACCAAAAUUCCUUAUAAAUAUGUACAUAUAUAGAUACACAAACACAAACACUCCUAUACUAAUACUACUAUACUAUUCCUAAAUCAAUUAAAGUUCAAAUUUUUAGUUCAACCCAGAAAACAAACAAUGGGUCAAGAACAACAACAACAACAACAAAACCCUUCUCUUUCUUCUUCUGCGGCGGCGCCCUCUCACCCUGACUCAUCUGAAAUUCAAACUCAACCUCUUCCUCUUCCUCCUCCGCCCUUCGAUCCCAGUAGAAUGAUUGGCAUCAUCAAAAGGAAGGCUUUGAUAAAGGAAUUAGCUGCUGUAUACCAUGCCGAUUGCCUUACAUACUGUCAAGAGCUGUUAGAGCUCCAAAGAAAGUGGAAUGAGCCAUUUAUUGACUUGAAAAUUCCAGAAGAUACAAGGAAAGACACAAUGCGACCUCCAAAGCGUCUAAAGAAAGGCCGCUAAGCAAGCAUUGAUCUUUUUGAAAGAUUUGCCUUUUGAAAAACAUUGUUUCUGUUAGUAAUAUUUAGUCAGAUGUAGAAACAUUCUUCAUGUUUCUUUCCUUACUGACAAUUUUAUUCCUGAUUUUUCAUUUCAAUGGGCCUACUGCAAUAGCAAUUUGUAUUCUUCAAUGAAAGAAGUUAACUGACUAUAUUGUGUUUUACAUGUAUAUGUGGUUAAUUGAAAGGUCAUCAUAUUGGAAUAA